AUGGUUCCUAAUUGUGUAAAUAGUCAACUGCUUGAUGUUGGAAGCCUUGAUCACCUUUUACCUCAUGAAAUGAAAAUAAAAGAUAAAAAAUUGGAAAUUUGCAUUGUGCUUAAGAAACCUGCUAUGUCAGCUCCAUCAUUCUCCAGUGUUGGUAAUGAAUUAAAGAGAUCAAGUGUGAAGUCAGUGAAUCAGUUAUUAGAUUCAAAGGGAGAGAGACUAGAUUCAUAUGUAGUAGGUUUAAGUUAUGAUGGUCUCAUUGGAAGUAUGUAUUAUUAUUUUCGACUAAAAUUUACUCAAAUUUCUUCUGGAUAUAUUAGAGAAGACCUUGGAAGCCCACAACUAAAAAGAUUGCUUAGUAGGGAAGAAAUUCAUGAUGAGUACCAUUUGCUCAAGGCUACACAUUCUACGGGUAAUACAUUCAUAGCUAUGGUGAAUAAUGGUAUUAAUACUUCAUACAUGUAG